GGUUUUUGUUUGUUACACAUCCUCGGCAGAGUGAUUCCAACUUCCCAUAGAGUCAGACUAUCCACCUAUUCUCAUUUUUUUUCCUCCCCGGCGGUUACAUAGGUACAUUACUACCUUUUUACUCAUAUGGUUUCUUAGUAAAAGAGCUGUUAUACUACCUCCUAGGAUUCAAGAGCUACAGUUUGGUGGUUACGUAAAAUCUGGUGGUUUGCUGCUCGGGAGAACUUUAUCCGUCUUGAUAACCAUGACUCUAGGAACCUCAAUGGCUGCUCGGUUAGGGCCUUUGGCUAUGGCUGCUCAUCAGAUUUGUUUGCAGAUAUGGUUGGCUGUAUCUCUUCUGUCUGAUGCACUGGCUCUUUCUGCACAGGCAUUGAUUGCAAGUUCUUAUGCAAAGUUCGAUUACAAAAGAGUGAAAGAGAUUACACACUGUGUCUUAAAGACAGGACUUCUUACAGGAAUCGCUCUAGCUAUAAUUCUUUUUAUGUCAUUUGGCAAUAUUGCUGAAUUAUUCACCAAGGAUGUAGAAUUAUUAAACAUCGUUAGAACUGGGGUUGUGUUUGUCAGUGCCAGCCAACCCAUUAAUGCCCUCGCUUUCAUUUUUGACGGACUUCACUAUGGUGUUUCAGAUUUUGCUUAUUCAGCUUAUUCAAUGAUGGCUGUUGCUGUGAUAUCAUCUGCAGUUCUACUCUAUGCUUCUCCUCGUUUUGCUAUUAAUGGAGUCUGGUGUGGCCUAACACUUUUCAUGACUUUGCGUAUGGCUGCAGGAAUUAUGAGAUUGUGUUGGAGAUCAGGGCCAUGGUGGUUCUUACAACACGACGAAGUGAAAUAUGAGGUGGUUUUUUUAUUUAUUUAUUUUUUAUUAUUAUUAUUUUAAUAUGAGGUGGUUUGAUAACGUUAAAAUGCAUU